AUGCGUUUCUCUUCUGUAGUUUUGUCAGUUCUGGCUCUGGCUAAUUCUGUUCUGGCUUACCCUGGCGGACACCACAUCAGCUGUCGCGAGAUCAGCCGUCGCGUAGCGUCAAAUGUCGCUGGCAUAGACACAACACUACUUGGUCUAUUCAUACUGAAGCCCCCCUACUUCGAAACUAUUCAAAAUGACACCUGUGUUCUGACUCCUGAGGUCACUCAGGGACCUUAUGUCUACCCUACCUCGCAGAUUCUGCGCCAGGACACGACCGAGGGCCAGAAGGGUGUUCCUCUGUGGUUGGAUAUUGGUGUCCUUAACCUGGCCACCUGUGAGCCUCUGGAAGAUGUCCUGAUCGAUAUGUGGCACUGCAACGAUACAGGAUCUUACUCCAGUUUCACAGGUCUUUCUCCCAACACCCCUUUCCUAGAGCUUCUUGAGCAGCUGCACAUCAACGAGUCUGACUAUCAGAUUGGCGUUACUGAUCUGCACACCGACGAGACAAAUUUCCUGCGUGGCAUGUGGCCCACCGACAAGAACGGCAUGAUGGAGAUGAAGACCAUCUUCACUGGUAAGUUCAAUACAUACCCACUCAAUCAUUCUUGGGUGAACAGCUAA